GAAUUAAAUAAUUAUAACCCCGAUCACAGACAUACCGACACUGAUAUUGGAACACCUCUUUUUAUUUCUAAAAUUGAUUUGCCUGUGCCGCCUAUUCCUAAGGAACCAUCCUGUGAUCCUAUUUACAGAUGGAAUGGUCCAGCUGAAAUAUUGAUUGAUCCACAAGAGGUUUCUGGAUUGAUAUUUUCUAUUAAGGGAAUGUCAUCGGAUUAUAUCAAUGUUACAAAUGAUAUUUAUUUGUCUGAUAAAAGUCUUCAGAGCGAAGUUGAUGUCAAAAUUGAUAUUAUUGAUGAUGACUGUUCUAUUACUAUUGAGGUAAUUUGUGACGAUGGUCCCCAUUCCACUCAAAAAUGCGUCUCUAUCGUUACUACAAUUACGCUUCCCGCUCAAAUUAAUUUCUUCAGAUCUAUAUUAGUCGAUGUACCAAGCAGCCAAAUAGUUACUGAAGGUUUGGGAAAUAUUGACUUUGCGUAUGUCGGCCUUAAAACUAGAAAUGGUCACAUUAAAGCUGAUGACAUUAAUUUCGCCAUUGCCGAAAUUUCUACUGUCAAUGGACAUGUCAAAGGAUCCUACAUUGUUGCUGAAAGCUUAGAGGUUCGCACUAUCAAUGGAGCAAUUACUGUAAACGCUAUUGCAAAUUCUUGGUCUGAAGAUAUUUCUGUUAGCGCUAAAUCUAUCAAUGGCCAUUUGAAUAUUAAUGUGGAAGAUUUGACUGAAAAUCAAGAUCUUACCCUUAAAGCUGGCUCAGUUAACGGUGGUAUCGUUGCUACUGUGGUGCGAUAA